AUGGCAGCUGUUGGACAUCAGCCCCAGAUUCAACCAACCAAACAAAAUGAACGAACUAAACCACCUGUUACUCAACUGGAAUUCCACCAAGCUAUGACAGAUUUCAAAACCAUGUUUCCUGAAAUGGAUGAAGAUGUCAUUGAAGUUGUAUUAAGGGCAAAUAAUGGAGCCGUUGAUGCAACCAUUGAUCAGUUGUUGUCCAUGUCUACAGAUAAUGAAAAUGAACGUAUUCGUGCAGAGUUGGAUGCUACAGAAAAUGAUGAAUUACCUCCAAGCUACUCUCCAGCUACACCACCUCCUUCAUAUCAUCAAGCUGUACCAUAUGCUCAAAGUCCAGGUCGACUUUCUGCCUUGCAGAUAGGAAGGAAACCUAAUAAUUCUAUUCAGUCAAUGCUCCAUUCUCACUUGAGUGGCAAUCGAAAGCUGCGUCCAACCCCUAUGCAACCACUUCCUGAUGUUACUCAGAAAACUGCAUCACCUGCUAAAGCAGAUAAAAGCUAUGAAGAGAAUGAUGGAGUACCUUUGCACAUCAAGAAGAGCUGGAACCCACCUUUAGUUGGGACUUUGCCCUCUUCGUUUCUGCGUUUAGAUGAUCAUCAUCAUAGGAGUAGAAAAGGAAAGAUCAUGACCGUUUUGAGUUCAGCCAUUCUUCAAAAACGAAUGUUAGAAAAUGAACGACAAAGGCGAAAUACCAUUGGUGCUGAAGAUCCAGAACUAGCGCAAUAUCUUGAAGAUGAAAGAAUAGCUUUAUUCCUCCAGAAUGAAGAAUUUGUACGAGAACUCAUGGGAAAUAAGGAGUUUAUGUCCACAUUAGAAAAAGCUCUCAAAAAGAAUGAGCAGCAUGUAUCUGCGGAUGGCGAUUCAAGUAAGCCCGAAGACCAACCACAUUUUUCACGUUCUUUAUCUGCUGAUGAUACUGAUGCUGCAUUCCGUGAAAGACUGAAAAAUAUGGGCAAAUUAUCAAGAAGAAAAUUUGCUCAACUUGCAAGCAUUUUUUCAAGAAGAAAGCGUGCUUUUAAACCUAUCUUAGGUGAUGGUAGUAAUCCUUCUCGUGAUAAUUUGCUUUUACAUGAGGAUGAGUAUUCUGAAUUAUCUGAAGAAGAUUCUGAUACUGACUGGAAUAAAAAAGAUUCAUGGAAUAGUCAUUGUGGAAGUCCAGGAGAAAAGCCUUCAAAUCACAAACAUGAUCACAGUUGAAAAUGUACUUGAAGAGUUUUUCAGUACAGUUCUGCAGUGGAAUUUUAA